AUGGAUUUAUAUCGUGAUAAGAUCAUAUUAGCUCCGAUGGUUCGAGCUGGAAGAACUCCACUUCGAUUGUUGUCAUUGAAAUAUGGUGCAGAUUUAUGUUACACUGAAGAAAUUGUUGAUACGAAACUAUUGAAUUCGCAGAGAAUUGUUAAUGGUAAGAGGCUGGUGAAAAUAUUGAUUUUUUUCCACUGAAAAUGGAUUUUAAGAGGCAGUUGGAACGAUAGAUUAUCGCAAUGGGGAUGAUAUAAUUCUUCGAUUAUCGCCAGAAGAAAAAGGAAAAUGUGUUUUACAAAUUGGAACGAAUAAUGGAGAAUCGGCGGCGAAAAUUGCGAAAUUAGUGUGGGGAUUUUUGAAAAUUUCAAUUGCAUUUACGGCAGAAUUUUUUGUUGAAAAAAUAUUUGUUUAUAUAAAAAUUUUGAAACGUAUUUUUUUUUGGUUUUGAAAAAUUAGAAAUUUUGAGUCAAAAUUGAAGAAUUUUAUGGAAAGAUGAAAAUUGCUCAAAAUUUUCAUGAAUUCUGAUCGAAAAAUCGAUAAUUUCCGAAUUUUCAUCCAAAUUUUUGACUAUUAAAAAUUUUUCUGUAGACCUUCUGAAAAAUCUCAAAAUUUUGUAAAUUUUUCCAAAAUUCAUUUUAAAAAAUCAGAAAAUUGUUGAAAAUUUUGCUCAAAAAAUUAAAUUUCUCCUUUUAAAAUUUGGAACAAAAUUAUAGGUUGAAAAACUUUCUGAAAAAUGUUAUUCGGUUUCAGAAAUCUUCUAGAACUCUGGAAAUUUCGUAUUUUUUUUUACAAAUUUCAAAAAUCCUAUUUUUCCAGUGGUGAUGACGUGGCAGCAAUUGAUGUGAAUAUGGGUUGCCCAAAACCAUUUUCAAUUCAUUGCGGAAUGGGAGCCGCGUUGCUCAAACAAACCGACAAAAUUAAAGAGGUAAAUAGGUUUCUUUCAUAUCUUUUCCAUCCAAAACUUCUAAAAUUUCUUUCAGAUUCUAACCUCCCUCAAAUCCGCCGCAAUCGUUCCGAUUUCUUGUAAAAUCCGAUGUCUCGACGAUCAAAAUGACACGCUGAAUUUGGUGCGCGAAAUCGAGAAAUGUGGAGUUUCAGCGCUCGGAGUUCAUGGAAGACGAAGAGAUGAGAGACAGGGAGAUCGAUGUAGAAUUGAGGAAAUUCGAGAAGUUGUGAGAUGUGUUGGAGGAGAUUUGCCAAUUAUUGCAAAGUUUGUGCAUUUUUUAGAAAAAAAUCAUUUAUUACACAGUUCCUGAGUUAUAUUAAAUUGACUAUUGAUUUAUUGAUCGAAAAAUUCGAUAUAGAAAUUGCUUGCGAAUCGAUAGAAUUUCUUAACGUAGUAAUCUUUGGGCCUGAAAAAAUAUUUUUUGUUUUUUCAAAAACAACUCAUUGCAGUGGCGUUUCUGGUGAAAUCAACACAUAUUCGGACAUUUUGAGACAAAAAGCUGAAAGUGGUGCGAGUAGUAUUAUGAUUGCUAGAAAAGCAUUGGCGACGCCGUCGAUUUUUCGAAAAGAUGGCGGGAUUUUGUCGAAAUAUGAGGAUAUUGGGAAUUUUCUGGAUUUGGUGAGUGGAAUCACGGUUAUCGCCAAAAAUUUGGUGAAUUUUUGAGCCGAAAUUCAUGAAAAAUCGAUGAUUUUGAGCCUAGAAACAUGAAAAAUUCAAAUUUUUUGAAGUUUGGCGGAAAAAUUCAACGUGUAAACGCGGAUCAUCGUUUGAAACUCAAAAUGGGCUGUUUUGAGCGUAGAAACAUGAAAAAUUGAAAUUUGGCGGAAAAAAUUCAACGUGUAAACGCGGAGCAUCGUUUACAAAUCGAACAUUGACUAUUUUGAGGCUAAAAAUUCAAAUUUUUGAAAUUUUCCGCAAAAAAUUCAGCGUGUAAACGCGGAGCAUCGUUUACAACUCAACUUCAUUUUAGGCAGCUGAAUACGACGAGAAUUACACAAUGACAAAAUAUGUAAUUCAGCGAAUAUUAGGCAGUGAUCAAGAAUAUGAUCCACGUGGAAAAGCGACAGUCGAAGCCGGAAGUGUUCUGGAAAUAUGUCGAGCAUUUCAGAAAGAGGAUGUUUAUGAGAAAUGGCGAAAAGAGCGACAAAGAAAGCAGAGUAAAAGGAAAAUUUUCGAGAAUCCUGAAGAUGGAACACUUCAAAUCGAUGUUUCGUUUCCACUCAAAAAACUGAAAAACGCUCAAAAAGCCGCGCCAACGCCGAAACAAGUUAUCAAUAGUUAUUGUGAUGAGAAGAAAUUGGCGAAGCCUGUUUAUGAAGUUGUAAGUUUUCUUGUUUGCUAGAAAUUGUAUAGACUCCAUGAAAAAAUUUGAAAAUGGAGGGACUAGAAAUUUCCUAGUCCCUCAAUUUUUCGAAAAAUUUCCUCGGGCUGAUUCACGAUCAACUCACGAAAAGUCGAAAAAACAUUGUAGGUCAAAAUUAGUUUUCGAGUUUUUCAGCCAAAAAUGAUGACAAAUCAAAAUUUUUCAAGCUUCUGGGAUGAUUUCUGAUGAAAAUAAGCUUCGAGAAUCCUAUUUCGCUUUUUUUUGAAAUUCAUCAAUAUUUAAAUUUUUUUUAUUUUACGAAAAAUCAGGAAAACCUUCUGAAGGUCAAUUUUAAUCAGAAAUCACUCGAGAAGCUUCAAAAAUAUCAAUUUGUCACCAUUUUUGGCUGAAAAACUCGAAAAACUAAUUUUGACCUACAAUGUUUUGACGUUUCGUGAAUCAGCCCUAGAGCUAUUUGAGAUCAUAUCUACUUCUUGAAUGCAAUUUGCAGACACGACGAGACGACAAACGUUUUAUAGCGACAGUUGAGUUGAACGGCAAAAAAUACAAAAGUGGAAUUGGUCAAGUGAAUGUGAGAAUGGCUGAACAAGUUGCUGCAUUGGCUGCAUUAUAUGGAUUAGAGGAACGAUCAAGGUUAAAGGGAGAAUGGGAAGAGGAAGAUAAUGAAGAAUAG